AUGCUGAUAACUCACAAUGGCGAAAUCGUGUCGGAUGAUGACGAAUGUGAGGACAUGCCCGAACUAGUAGAAGAUGCCUGCCUGGAAGAAGAGCCAGCUGGGGAGGCUUGCUCACCUACACGAGGAGAAGUAGGUUGCCUAGUAGCACGACGAGUGCUAACCGCCCGCGUCAGGGAGGAUGAGCAGCUACAACGUGAAAACCUAUUCUACACCCGCUGUAAGGUAGGAGACAAAGUAUGUAGUCUCAUCAUCGACGGUGGGAGUUGCACGAACGUGGCCAGUUUGCUCAUGGUUGAAAGUCUAGGACUCCCCACUACCAGGCAUCCACAUCCUUACCGCCUCCAAUGGCUAAGUGAGGAUGGUGAAGUACGAGUCUUCAAACAAGUACGCAUUCCCUUCUCCAUUGGAACUUACAUUGAUGAACUCGUGUGCGACGUGGUGCCAAUGCAUGCUACACAUAUCAUCUUGGGAAGGCCCUGGCAAUUUGACAAACACGUCACAUUCGAUGGAAGAGCAAAUAAGUACACGCUUUUGCACGAAGGCAAACGGAAGGUCCUUACACCUCUCACGCCUGCACAAGUUUAUGAGGACCAACUACUGCUGCAAAGGGAGUGUGACCAAGACCGACAAAGGAGGAAACUCAAGGCGGUCGACCCUGGUCAAGGCUCCACGUCUACAAAUGAGCCAUCAACCAAGGGUCAAGGGAGCACACCUAGGGGUAUAUGCGACAAACCACCUGCCGCACCUCCCACUAGGAAGCAUAACAUGAUUAUUAAGGCUAAAGAUGUUAGAAAAGUGGGCAUCAAGGUGGACAAAUCCAAGAUUGAGGCCAUCGAGCAAUGGCCAACCCCUACAUCCGUCCCUGACGUGCGCAGCUUUCUUGGAUUGGCGGGCUUUUAUCGGCGAUUUGUCAAAAACUUUAGCACUAUUGCCGCCCCAAUGACCGCCGUGACAAAGAAGGAUGACAAGUUCCACUGGGGGGAAUCCCAAGAACAAGCGUUCCUUGUCCUUAAGGACACACUCACCCAUGCACCUGUGUUAGCAUUACCAAACUUUAACAAGACCUUUGAAAUUGACUGUGAUGCUUCCGGUGUAGGUAUUGGAGCAGUCCUCAUGCAAGACAAGAGGCCGUGUGCCUUCUUUAGCGAGAAAUUGGGAGGAGCUGCACUGAACUACCCCACGUACGACAAGGAGUUGUACGCCUUAGUGAGGGCCUUGGAGACCUGGCACUCCUUGCUUGCCUGUCUUGAUGCCAAAUUGCUUGGGUUCGAAAUGAUAAAGGACCUCUACACUAAUGAUCAUGACUUUGGUGAUAUCUAUGCCGUGUGUGUUAAGAAUCCGCAUGGAAAUGGUGGUCUCAUGGGCCACUUCGGCAUUGCCAAGACACUGGCUAUGUUGCAAGAGCACUUUUACUGGCCCCAUAUGCGUAGGGAUGUUGACCGCAUGGUUGGUUUGCCUAGAUCGCCAAGAGGUAAUGACUCCAUCUUUGUGGUGGUUGAUAGGUUUUCUAAGAUGGCUCGUUUUGUUCCAUGUCACAAAACUGACGAUGCCUCUCAUAUUGCUACUCUAUUCUUCAAAGAAAUUGUCCGUCUGCAUGGUUACAUGAAGCUGUUCGAGCAAACAUUGAAAGGCGUACUCAGCAAUACACCCAGCAGGCUAACAAGCACCGCCGCAAAAUGA